UGGAGGCUGUGGAAAGAGCAGAUCACGCUGCCUGAGAGUGACUUCCAUCAUCAUCAGAGGAGAAGAAGAAGAAGAAGAAGAAGAAGAAGAAGAAGAAGAAGAAGAAGAAGAAGAAGAAGAAGAAGAAGAAGAAGAAGAAGAAGAAGAAGAAGAAGAAGAAGAAGAAGAAGAAGAAGAAGUAGUCUGCUGUGGGGGUCACCAUGAAGCUGCUCUCCUACUUCACCCUGCUCACCUCUGCGGUCCACGCAGGCCUGCUGAGGAAGCGACACACCUGUCCUCAGGUGUGUGAUGUCUCCCGGUGUCCCUCUCCUCCGUCCACCUGCUACUACGGUCUGGUCCAGGACUCCUGCGGCUGCUGCGCGGUGUGCGCGGCCGGGGAGGGUGAGGCCUGCGGCGGCCGCCUGUCCUGCGGUGACGGCCUGAGGUGCGGCUCCGUCCCGGGGAGGCCCGGGGAGCUCCACAGCGUGUGCGUGUGCGCGUCCUCCGGGCCGGUGUGCGGCAGCGACGGCAGAACGUACCCGAGCAUCUGCCGCCUGAGAGCCGAGAACAGGAGAGCCGAGCUGGGGGAGACUCCUCCGGUCAUCCUGAUCCAGAGGGGCCGCUGCGACUCUGAAAUGCAGCAUCCAGGAAGUAUGCGCUACAAGUUUAACUUCAUUGCUGAUGUGGUGGAUAAGAUCGUUCCAGCUGUGGUGCAUCUUGAGCUUUUCCAAAGAGUGCCAUUCUCCAGUGAGGAGGUCUCUGUGUCCAGCGGCUCAGGAUUUAUCGUGUCCGAGGACGGCUGGAUCGUCACCAACGCUCACGUCCUCAUUAACAAGCAGCGGAUCAAAGUGGAGCUAAAAAGUGGCGUGUAUUAUGACGCCACGGUCAAGGACAUGGAUCAGAAGAUGGACAUCGCCCUCAUCAAAAUUGAAUCAGAUGGUCCUCUGCCUGUGCUGCGUCUCGGCCAGUCCUCGGACCUUCGUCCCGGUGAGUUCGUGGUGGCAGUGGGAAGCCCCUUCUCCCUGCAGAACACCGUCACCACCGGCAUUAUCAGCACGGCCCAUCGCAACGGUCUGGAACUGGGCUUCAAGGACUCUGACAUGGACUACAUCCAGACUGAUGCCAUCAUAAAUUACGGCAAUUCUGGUGGACCGCUUGUCAACCUGGAUGGAGAUGUAAUAGGCAUAAAUACUCUGAAAGUGGCAGCAGGAAUCUCUUUUGCCAUCCCUGUGGACAGAGUACGUCAGUUUCUUGCAGACUCCUACAACAGACAAGUCAACGGUAAUGCAGCACAAAAAAAGAAGUUCAUUGGUAUCCGGAUGCUGCAGCUCACACCUCCUUUGAUCAAAGAUCUCAAGGAACGUGAGCCCAAAUUUCCAGAUGUGAGCUCAGGGGUUUACAUCUACGAGGUCAUACCUGGAACAGCUGCAUCCAGCGCUGGAAUGACCAAUCACGACGUAAUCAUCAGCAUCAACGGGCAGCCCGUCCACAGCACGCAGGAAGUUAGCGAUGCAGUCCGGAGCGGCGCCACGCUCUCCGUGGUCGUAAGAAGAAAGGACGGGGAUGUUACGCUCAUCAUCUCUCCAGAAGAGACUGACUGAUUCUAUUCAGAUGCAGCGCUUGAAGGAAACUUAAUACCAGCUUUCAUCCGUUACUCGGAGCUGUUCUGACGUAGACGUCUGCCGGCGCUAAUUCCUCAGUCUGGUGCUAUUAAACAUUAGAACUGACAGAACGGUGAAACGUGACAUCUCUGUUUGUUUCUUGUGUCACUGAUCAUGUCAUGUAUCGUGUUCCUCUCUGAUCUGCUCAGAGAUUCAUCAAAUCUGAGCAUUCAGUGAGUCUGUUUUACAUUUUUGCUUUUAUUGAUAACUUUUCCACCUCAGCCAAGUGUGAAACUGUUCCGAUAUACGUCAAGCUCUUUAGAAUUUUGGGCAUUGGAGCUUUUUAUGCUCAAAUGAAUAAUGUGCAUAAAAACAGGUGUAGAUAUUGUACUAAAGCAGCAUCAGUGACACCAGGGAGUGUUUUAGUGAUUUCAAAAGCUCAGGGUUUAAAGACAAGAGAGUUAAGAGAACCCCAUGUAUGGUAUGUCUGCUGUCCACUCUCAAAGUGCGCAUUGGCGAUCCAGAAACCAUGGAUUGGCCUUUAUGCUGCCAGCCACAUUUGCAAAUAUACCACAGUGUUUAUGAAUGAAGCUGCACUUAAACGUCUCAAUGUCCUGUUUUUACUCACAGUAGUAAGAAGGAGAUGAAGAACACAAAUAAAUAAGGUAUAAUUCGAUGAAACAGGUGUGUAAAUCAAGCAGACGAAUCCUCCCUGGAUGUAAUGAACAUUUCAAAGUUCCAGUUAAAGGGUUGCUUCAAUCAAGUCCAUGCAGAGAAUUCUGGUUUUAUUUGAGAAGGUUUUUAGGAAUCCACCUCAGCACCACAGGAAACAGCAGUGAAUGGAUUCCAUUAGUGCUGCUCACACAUUGAAAAAUAACAUUUCUCCACCAGGUUGUAUUUCUAAAGACAGAGCACCGAUUGCUCUGGAUAAUCCACAGGCAUCACUAUGAAGUAUUAGAAACGCUGCUUCUGGGAUUUAUUCAGAAUAAUGAGGAUGCUGGACUUCUGCGUGUUCGAAUCCUUUUUGUUUGUUUGCUUUUCCAGGGUAGAUUCACCAAACUAACUUAACUGGACGUUGUUGUUAGUCACUUACAUCCACUGUUUAAUGCUUACUGUAUAUAAAAAUGGAAAAACACAAUUUAGGAGGGUGAGAUAUAUUAAAUAUUAAAUAUUUAGUCCCUU